AAAUCUCAAAAAUAAGAAAUAAAACAAAAUUAACUUCAGUUUCAAGUCCGUCUAUGUGGUAGAGCGAGAGAGAAGAAGAAGAGGAAGAAGAAAAAGAAGAGGGAACACCUUCCUCACUUUGCGCUGCGAAUAGGAAACCAAGGCAGACUGCUGCUGCUGCUGCAUAGGCAGAAUACCUUUCUACCCCGAUCGCCGUGGAUGGGCCAGUCGGUUUCGACUGCCGGUAUCCCAUCGGCGUCAAACCGCCGUGAUUCCAUCAACCCCAGUCACCGGACCAAGAAUAGAUCGAUGGGUUCAAUCUCUCCUGUGCAGGUCGACGUGACCCCCGAGCUUCAAAACGUAGACGGGACUUGUGAUUACAUUUCUGAUCUUCCGGAUGAGUGUUUGGCCUGCAUUUUCCAGUCCCUCGGAUCCGGCGACCGCAAACGAUGCUCUCUCGUUUGUCGCCGGUGGUUUCGGGUUGAAGGACAGAGCCGACACCGCCUAUCACUGAAGGCCGAAUCCGAUCUCCAACCUCUCAUUCCUUCUCUGUUUUCUCGAUUCGACGCUGUAACCAAACUCGCUUUGAAAUGCGACCGACGAUCCGUCAGCAUCGGCGACGAUGCUCUCCUUCAAAUCUCUCUGCGAUGCCGAAACCUUACACGACUCAAGCUUCGUGCUUGCCGCGAAUUGACCGAUGCCGGCAUGGAGGCAUUCGUUAAGAACUGCAAGGGUUUGAAGAAGUUAUCCUGUGGUUCCUGCAUGUUCGGUGCCAAGGGCAUGAACGCAAUCCUGGAUAACUGUUCCUUUCUCGAAGAGCUGUCCGUCAAGCGCCUCCGCGGCAUCACGGAUGGGGCUGCUGCUAAGCCUAUCGGACCGGGUGUCGCUGCCUCGUCCCUCAAGAUUAUAUGCCUCAAGGAGCUUUACAAUGGACAGUGUUUUGGUCCGCUUAUCGCCGGCGCUAAGAAUCUCAGAACUCUAAAACUAUUUCGUUGCUCCGGAGAUUGGGAUAAGCUCCUGGAAGCCAUCGCAGAUCGAGUUACUGGUUUGGUAGAAGUCCAUCUCGAGAGAAUCCAGGUUAGCGACAUAGGCCUCGCAGCUCUCUCAAGUUCCUUGGAUCUGGAAAUUUUACACCUUGUUAAGAUUCCCGAGUGUACAAAUGCGGGACUUGUAUCCAUUGCCGAUCGCUGCAAGUUGCUGCGCAAGCUCCAUAUUGACGGAUGUAAGGCAAAUAGGAUAGGCGACGAGGGUCUUAUUGUCGUUGCUAAACGUUGCCCUAACCUUCAGGAGUUGGUUCUUAUUGGUGUUAAUCCUACUUCUUUGAGUUUGGGGUUGCUCGCAGCCAAUUGCCAGAAUCUGGAACGAUUGGCUCUAUGUGGUAGUGAUACUAUAGGUGAUGCCGAGAUAUCGUGUAUUGCUGCUAAAUGUAUGGCACUGAAGAAGCUUUGCAUCAAGAGCUGCCCCGUCUCUGACCAUGGUAUGGAAGCUCUUGCCAGCGGUUGUCCUAAUCUGGUCAAGGUGAAGGUUAAAAAGUGCAGGGCAGUAACCUGCGAGGGUGCGGAUUGGUUGAGAGCAUGUAGGGGAUCAUUGGCUAUCAAUUUGGAUAUAGGUGAAGUUGAACAUCAGGAUGCCAGUGCUAGCGAUGGUGGAGCCCAGGAGAAUGGCGUGGAGUUUCCUCCAAUGGUCACCCAGAUCGCUGCUUCUGAUAUUCCAUCAAGCAGUAGUGGUCGAUCAACAAUGUUCAAGUCACGGUUAGGCCUUUUUGCAGGGAGGAGUCUUGUCGCAUGCACUUUCAGGAGAUGGUCAAGCAGUAAUAGCAACUCCCAGAAUAAUUACUGAAGGAAUUGUAGAAAGGUGGAAUGAAACAAAAUGCACAUUCUGUGUUAACAUUUCAUGUUGUAUCAUUAAAUGCUGCCUUGUUUCUAAUAUUUGCGUGUUGUUAUUUAUUACCUUCAAAAUUGAAUCCCUUCUGUUCGAAAUUGAAACUGCAAGAAAUUUUCAAUUCUCUCUUGCUUAAUUAUAUUUUCUGGUCUUGUGUUUUUGACCUUCUUUCUUG